GGAUGAUACGCUGGUGCCGGGGAGGCGCUCGGCGGUUCGCUCGUCAUCCGCUGUGAGCAGAGAGAAAGCAGAGGCGGAGGAGGAGGAGGAGGCCAUUCAUCCGCAUCCCCCGAGCAGAUGAUGGUCAUCGCAGAGGUCCAGCUGCAGCAAUGGACAUGAGAAGUUGUUGUAGCAUGAAAACCCUAAGCGGGAUUGCUCCUUUCCACUCCCACUUCCGAUCCAGACCUCCUCUUCUUCUUCGUCCUCCCGGCUUUCCUAUCCUCAACUUUGAGUUUCGCCCUCGCCCUCCGCGCCGUUCCUCUCCAGGCCUCUCCGUCUCCCCCCUUUCUUCUCUCCCUGCAAAGGAACGUGGGGACAAUGAAGGGGAUUCGCUGCCGCUCGUGAACGGGAAGCCGCUGCCGGGUCCUUCGCCAAAUAAGUUUCUUCAAGUCGUUUUAGUGUCUCCUCAGAUUCCUGGAAAUACUGGUUGCAUUGCAAGGACAUGUGCUGCAUCGGCCGUCGGCUUGCAUCUUGUUGGGCCACUAGGUUUUCAGGUGGAUGAUUCAAAACUCAAGCGUGCAGGAUUGGAUUACUGGCCAUAUGUGGUUGUCAAAGUUCAUAAUUCAUGGGCUGAGUUUCGAGACUACUUCAGGAAGCAGGAUGGUGAGAAAAGAUUGCUGGCAUUCACCAAACGAGGGACUGAUAUACAUUCUGAGUUUUCCUACAGAAAGGGUGAUUGGCUUGUGUUUGGUUCUGAAACUUCUGGACUGUCAAAUGAAGUCCUGCUUGAUUGCAGUAAUGAGACGUAUGGUGGUGGCACCAUUCGGAUACCGAUGGUUGAAACUUAUGUUAGAUGUCUUAACCUUUCUGUGAGCGUGGGAAUUGCUUUGUAUGAGGCGUGCAGACAGUUGAACUAUGAGCAGCUACAAUCAUCGUCUAGCACUUCUAACGACUAUGAGCAAGCGUUCAUUGUGGAAGAUAUUUUUGCCUGAAACAUUGGGGUGUUGGCCGUUGAAAUUUUUUAUUCUCAAGGAGACACAUCAGACGUGAGCCAUUAGAGAUUGCAGCUUGACUAUGGUUUGUGCCAGGAAGACAUUCAUUGAAUUGGAUCAAAGAAAAUGCUAUAUGGAUGCAUCGUGGAUCCAACUCUGACUUCAUCCCAGCGCUGUCCAAAUUGCCAAAGCAUUGUAGAAGAGAAUACAAUACUUCUGUCAUGAAUUAUUGGCUGUAGUUCUUGAAGAAUGCUGGAUGUCCUGCUGAUGGGGUUUACGGCUUCACAAAGCUGAUCCAAGCUGCUGGUGAAAUGUCCAUUUAGUUACCUUGUUUGUGGUAGUCAGUCUGAAAGGUUCGUAAUCUUUGUUUAUUAGCUUUUCUUGGAUUAGGAAAUAAUUAUUGAGAGAGAGAGUUAUUGGCUAGUCCAUAACCUAUUACUUAUCCUGAAUGAGAAAAGACCGGACUCUAUGCGUGACUCUUGUACACUUUUUUCGAGCGAAUGAACUUGGGGUCAAAGGACCUUCUUCUGUU